CAAUGUUUUGAGUAUGUGUUCAGUUGCCGAAGCGAUUUAAUUAACGAACGAUCAUUAAUUAAAUCUGAGAAGAUUUUCUUAGAUCCGUGAUAUUGUGCAAUUAAUUUGACGGAUAUAGAAAUAAUUGCAAGAAUAUUCCCCCAUUAGUGAAUUUUUUGGCUGGAAAAAAGGGUGUCUGGUGUGAUGUGUUGUGUUUAUUCGGAGAGAAAUGGUGUGUAAUACUUUGACUGGAAAAAUGUUUAAAGUUUAUCGUUUGAAAUGAAAUUUCUAUAAAAGUAUAAUUGAAAGAAAAAAGAGAAAUCGCGACUAACGGUGAAUGGCUAAACAGUCUGCAUGAAAUAAAAUUAAAUAAAAAAAAUUGAGAAAAUAAAAUAAACGAAAAAUUAUAUCAAUUUUUUUUGGUGUUGUGCAUUGUGUGUGUGUGUUUCGGUGGAAUUGUGUUAAUCAAAAAUUUUGUUUUUAUUCUUGAAGAAAGUAAAUUAUCCCAAUAAUAAUGUGACAAAAUCUCCACAUUCAUGUUCAAUGGACGCAUUCAAUUUUACAUUGAUUGUGAAAUGCGAAAAACGAAACCAUCCGAUAAAGAUGGUGGUGAUGAUGAUGAAAAAUCGACAAGUAGUGCUAAUAAAUGCUUAAUAUUUCUUUUAUGUAGUAAAUCGUUGAUCACAAGAAAUCAUUUAUACCAACAACAUGGCAACUAAUACAACUGUUGUAUGGAUAUAUUUUGUAAUGGUUUCAGCAUGUCUUAUUCACAAAGCGUUUGGCCAAAUUGUAUUCCAACAAAAUACACCUCCCGUUAUGCAUUUGGAACGACAUUGGCAAAUUCCCGAAGAUGAAAAAGUGGACACUAAAAUUACUCGCGUUCGAGCACAUGACAACGAAGACGACGUCUUAACGUAUGAUUUGGAACCAAUAAGGCCAUACAAUCAGGAGAACACGAAUGAACGAUUACCAUUUCGAAUUGAUCCGAACGGAAACGUUUAUUUAAAUGAAUCGCUACUCGGUCGUGGCAACGAAAAUUUCCUCCUUUACGUCACCGUAUCGGAUGGAAAAGUCACAUCAAAAAAUCAAAUUUAUGUGGAAAUUUUAAGUAAAAAUCCCAGUAUGAAUCCCACACGGCAAACUUACACACCAAACGCUGAUUCGGUGAUGUUGCCCCAUUUUAAUAUAUUUCCGGGUGGUAGACCACCACUCGCCAAUCCGCCACCACUCAACUUUUAUCCGCCAUAUCAAACAAACACUUACAUUAAAAACGAUACCAGUUCUGCUGAUGGUGACGAUAAUAAAAAUGAACCAUCACACGAAAUUAACGACAACAAAAAUAAUAAAACAACAGUGCUAGUAGCGGUCGACAACAAUAACACACAACAAGAGCACGCAAACAACAAUCAGCACCCCACUAAUUUGAAAGACGACCAUUCACUGAAAGUAUUACCGAUUCUAUUUACCGUUGGUGGCAUAUUUUUAGCAGCUGGCAUCAUAGCAAUAUUAAUAUUUCGAAAGAACUUGUGUGCCUUUGGAAAAUCCUUGAAGAAAAAAAGUAAAGAAGAAAUGGCCAAAAAGUCAAACCAAAGCAAUAUUAGCAGUACGAUUACCGAAGACAGUCGCAAUUCUAUGGUAUUACAACAUUGGAAUGGACCAACGGCAUUUAGCAACAGAUAUGUUCCAUGGGAACGAGAAAAUCAGCAUAUUCAGGCAACGUCGCAGCUAUCAACAAGUAGUACUAUAGUGAAUUCACCAAUGAAAUCAGAUCGAUGGGAAUUCCCCAGGCAUCGAUUGAAAUUUUUCAAUAUACUGGGAGAGGGAGCUUUUGGACAAGUGUGGCGAUGUGAAGCCGUUGAUAUUGAUGGAAUCAAAGGAGUAACAACCGUUGCUGUCAAGACAUUAAAGGAAAAUGCAACCGAAAUCGAACGAAAUGAUUUACAUUCCGAAUUGCAGGUAAUGAAAUCACUUGAACCGCAUACAAAUGUUGUCAGACUUUUGGGCAGCUGUACUGAAAAAGAGCCAAUUUUUGUUAUCUUGGAAUAUGUAAAUAAAGGAAAAUUACAGACGUACCUGAGAAAUUCAAGAGCAGAAAGACAUUAUGGAAAUACUCAUGGAAAAUCAAAUGUUCUCACAUCGGGUGACCUGACGUCAUUUAUGUACCAAGUAGCGCGAGGAAUGGACUAUCUUACAUCUCGAGGGAUCAUCCAUCGAGAUUUAGCUGCCAGAAAUAUAUUAAUAACCGACGAUCAUCGAUGUAAAGUAGCAGAUUUUGGUUUUGCACGUGAUGUUAUUACCUCAAAAGUAUAUGAGCGGAAAAGUGAAGGAAAAUUGCCGAUUAGGUGGAUGGCGAUUGAGUCGUUAUACGACAAUAUAUUUUCGGUAAAGUCAGACAUUUGGAGUUUCGGAAUUUUGAUGUGGGAAAUUGUUACAUUAGGGUCAACUCCAUAUCCUGGAAUAGCAGCGGCAGAUGUUAUGCGAAAGGUACGUGAUGGUUAUCGAUUAGAGAAACCUGAACACUGCCGCCGAGAAUUAUACAACAUUAUGUAUUACUGUUGGGCCGAGGAUUUCAAUGAGCGACCAUCAUUUAGUGAAUUGGUGCAAUUGCUUGAUAAAUUGCUGUUAACUGAAAUGGAUUACAUCGAACUGGAACGAUUUCCCGACCACAAUUACUAUAAUAUGUUGAAUUUAAGUGGAGAAAAAUUAUAGAAAUUCGAUUUUCUUUUAAUUUAUUUUCGUUUUGAUUUAGGUUCUAUGUACGCUAACGUUGUUCAAUUUUAAAAUGUAAUAUCUCUUGUUGUAAUUUAAUUCUAUUUAUAAGCAUAAAUGUAUAACUCAGACAAUAUUACAUUAUCUUUUACAAAA